AUGCGUGCUGUCCCUCUCUCCUCCUCAUUCUCUUCUUCCGGGCCUCCAUCACCCAACAUCCCGGCCGGUGAUGUCAAGGUUGGCCGGGACAACGGAAACCUGCUUGGCGCUCCACGGUCAACAAAUCUGCCGUCGCCUAUCACAUCGCCAAAUCCCUUUCGGGCUUUCGGGGACCCAAAUGACUCUUUGCAACACUUUGCAGGACGAUGCAUCAUUGUGUCUUUUGGUUCAGCUGCCUGCGCAGCCCAAUCGACCGACGAUCCCUCAGCAGCAAGCCAGCCCGCCCCCGACAACGGAUACGAGUACGUACCUCGUCAGCGUCUUACCCGUCAUCGCCUCCACCACCUGGCAAUCCGAGCUGACGGCAUCCCGGCCAGCCCCGCACGCGCCAUGCGUUGGCCAGGUCCCAUUCAACAGGCACUUUCACCUGCACAGAGAGUGUAUCACAAUCUCUUCCGCCUGCAUCUGUCUCUCAUGCCCAUCGAUGUUGAGAGGGGGGGAGGUGUUUCGGGAGGGCCUGAAUUGCAGUCCGGGAUCGGGACCGAGACGCCCGUCUCCAAGAGCGUCUUCCCUGGCUUUGCCCUCCUCAGCAGUGUGUCUUACUCAGCCGCCACCACCCACUACAGGUACGAUAUCGUCGCCGACGCCCUUUCCAGUGCCCCGGAGACGAGACCUUAG